AAUUGGCAUUUAAAAUACUUCUCUAGUUGACCGGUUCUUGUAUUACUACAACUAUAAAAAAAAAAAAAAAAAAGAAAAAGAAAGAAAAACUGUUUUCAAUGCCAAAAAUUAACAGAGCACCCUUAAAAACAUGUUUUGCAAUGGUGAAAAUGGAAAGGAAGACUAAUGCAAUUCAUAAGCCCAAAAAUACUCAACCUGAUUUGUAUAGAGUCGAUGUUGAUGGCAAAGUGAUCUAUACUGGUGGUAAAAACAAAAGUGUGGAUGAAGAACUUUUUGAGUUGUGUGCUUUAAGUGGAGUUAAAAUGGACAUAGAUGUCUUUAACAUUGUCAUUGAUUUGUUGCGAACAAAUGUUAAUCCAAAUACAAUAUUGGAUGUUUUUAAAAAAAUGUCAAAUCAGCAACCACAAAAUAUUAAAAGUAAAAGCAAAGCUGAUAAAGUUCUUAUGACCAAAACUAGUUCAGAAACUCAAAGUGACAAACUAAGUGAACAAUAUAAAAAUGUAGAAGUAAUUUAAUUUAUGUUAUUUAAUUGUUCACAGUUUUCAUGCUAAUAAUAGUUCCCUUUCUUGUUAUUCUAUAUUAGUCAAUGUAUGUACUAAAGCCCUCCAGCUCCAUAUUUUAGGAUAACAUGGCCAGCGGCAGAUGUUUUGGGCUCUGUCAGAUGGCAUUAAAUUGCUGAUGUAAAUGUGCUUUUAUAGUUGUGUGUGUAUAUAUAUCUUUAUGUAAUACUGUGUAAUAUUGUUAGCGUUGUACUAAUACAAUAUAUCUAUACAAAUUAUAUAAUA